CCAAUGUUUCAUUUUACCCAGGAACAAGUAGCAUGCGUUUGCGAGAUCCUUUUAGCAAGCGCUAAACUGGACAGACUCUACCGCUUCCUCUGGUCUCUGCCGGACUGUCCCCAGAUUAGGCAGAACGAGAGCGUCGUGAAGUCAGAGUGCGUUCUGGCCUACUGUGGCGGCAAUUAUAGAGAGCUCUAUAAUCUACUGGAAAGUCGAGAAUUCUCCACGCACAAUCAUAACUGUUUGCAGACACUUUGGCUUAAGGCGCAUUAUGCUGAAGCAGAAAAACAGCGGGGUAGACCGUUGGGGGCCGUGGGCAAGUACAGGGUUCGCCGCAAGUACCCACUACCUCGGACUAUCUGGGAUGGUGAGGAAACCAGCUACUGUUUUAAGGAAAAGUCGCGGACAACAUUAAGAGAUUGGUACUCGCACAAUCCUUACCCGACACCUAGCGAGAAAAGGCAAUUGUCGGCCAGCACCGGACUAACCACGACUCAGGUUAGUAAUUGGUUUAAGAACAGAAGGCAGAGAGAUCGCGCUGCCGAAAGUAAGAACGGAUCUAUCUCUAAGUGA